AUGAUGUCGCGACGCUGUCGCAUACAGGCACGUCCAAAUGUAACCGGUGGAUCGAAGAAAAAUAUCCCAACAAAACUAACAUCUGCUUCGCCAAUUAAAUCGAAAUCAGAUGAUGUAUUGCCACCAUUCACCACAGAAGAAAAGAAUAUAUUGGAAAAAAAUAUCUUAGGGAGAAUUGCUGUUGAUGUCCAUGAACUGCAAUUCAUACCCGCUAUAUCCGAAUCGAUUUCAAAAGAAAAUGGAUUAGAUAAAACUGGAACAAACACACCAACAGAUAAGAGUUCACUCGUUAGCGACUGUGCAACUGAAUCACUGACACUUUUAAAAUCAGCUCAGUUUAUUCAUAAGUUCCACAGCAAUUUUCCUUCUAAAUCACCUAGAUCACAUUCGCCAUUAAAAUCGCCAGUCAGUGCUGCAGGUCACAUCGCUUUAUCUGGAACUGAACAACUGUUUGCGCAGCAUUCAAGAACUGCAUCUUCUGUUUCCCCUACGAAGAACGAUUACCCACCGAAAGUGAGGAAGAAAUUUACCGGCAGUGAACCCUUAGAUCCAAAAACAAUGACUAUGCAAGAUUUAAUUUUCUGGAAUCCGAAGAACGAGAAGAGGCUUCAUGAAGAUUCUCGAAAGAAAAGAAAAAACAGUGUAACAGAUUUGGAAAUUAUGAAAAAAAUUGAUGUUGAAAACAAGCAAAAAAGGAGUGAAAAGCUAGCUUUUGCUGCUCCGCAGGUCAAAAUAGCAGCCGAUGGUUCCCUGAUUCUUGAUGAAUCGAGUUUGACGAUUACGAAUGAAAAUGAUUCCAGUGUUUGGGAAACUGUAGAAGAAGAUCGUUCAAACAAAAAACUUAAUUCAAUGAGUUUUCGAAAAAGGCCGUUCUGCCGGGGCAAUCCAUGGAGUGAAUUAGAAACAGAUCUUUUUUAUGACAUUUUAAGAGCUACAGGUCCAGAUUUUGGAUUGAUGCAUGAGUUCUUUCCAUCUCGAACGCGAGUAGAAUUAAAAGCCAAAUAUAACCGUGAAGAAAGAUUCAAUUGGACUCGAUUAAAUCAGGCUAUGGCUGUUCCAACUUUGUUGUCCGACGCUUUAUAUUCGCAUGCAAAUGAAAUCAUCGAUAGGAUUAAAGAAAAAGAGAUCAAGAAGAAGGAUUUAAAACUGCUGAAAAAGAAUAGCGCGUUUAGUGAUACAAGCGAAGUAGUCGCAGUUGAUUGGAAUGAAGAAGAAGCUGAUUUGGAAGCGGAAGCUGAGGAAGCUAUUUUGAGGCUGUUAGAAGAUGAGGAACAACUCAGUGGUUCGUCUGAGAAAAAGUCACGCAAGCAGAAGAUAGUUGCUCAAAAGAAAAUGAAGGAUGCUUUGCUAGAUGAAGUUGCGGAAGAGGCUGUCUUAGUGUUGAGAGGAAAGAAAUAUGAAAGAAGAAAAGAUGAACUAAAGAAAAUAUGUGAAACAGCAUUAUGUAAACUUGGCGAAGAUUUCCCGAAGUUUGGAAUUUUAAUUGAUGAAAAUGCCGAUGGUGUAACGAUAGAAACAGGUGCAAGCUCAGAAGGCCCACCAAUUGUUAGGAUACCUCUGGGAACUAUUCCUAGAGUGUUACCUGUUGAUGAGAAGCAUCCACAACGAGUGUUUUUUGAUUGCUGUGGUAAACAAAACAUGGCGGCACGACAGUACGUCAUACAGCAUCAAAUGGGUCCUGGAGAACCGACGACUGGUUAUCUUCAUCUUUUUGGAAGUACGCCUUAA